CGUCAAACAGCUGAAGUUGAAUAAUAUCAUCUGAAAGCGCUGUGUCUAUCUGAAUUAUUCACAGCUCUGUGGGCAGCAUCCAAGUAUAGAUGACCACAGGCUAAGUAUCCCAUAUGCUGUGCUGAUUCAACUGCAAACCCCGGGCUCUAUGCCAAACUUCCUGAUUCGAACAUCGGAAGUUUCAGAUUCCCAGAAACUCUGAAGCGCAAAUUGAAAUUUCCAGAGCUGCUCAUCUGUUAUGGGAAAGAUGCAUUCUUCAAGGACUAAAAGGACAGUAAAAGCUGCCACUGUGAUUGGAUCUUCACCAUCUCAACCAAAGACGAGUGCUGAGAUCAUUAGCGAGGCCCGUUCUUCACUGAGAAGUUUAAAGACUCAAAGACCAUUUACUCCUAAAGAUGAUCAGAGGAAGCUUUUUGCGUCUACUUCUUCCCGUGAACCUGAUAAUAGGCCUCCCUCUGCAUUCAGUCUCCAUGCUCGAAGCUUUGAAGGUAGUGACUCAAGACCCAUAUCAGGAGCACGUCUCACCCCUCUGGAUCAUAAACCAAAAAUUCCUACUUCUCCUGAAGGACCUCCCAUUCCAAAGCCCCCACUGGACCCAGUAGAGGUUAAGAGAGUAAGCAAUGCUCGUGCACGACUAUUUAAAGUAGCUUCUCACGGAAGUCUUCUGCCUGACAAAGAAAUUUAUUCUGAAGAAACUGUAAAGAGAUUAAAUUCAGAUUCCUCUCUCAACAUUAAAGACUUCUCACAUGAUGCUGAUGAAUCUGCCUUAUCACAUUUUAAUAUGAAAAUCUUAGCAAAUAAGAGCCCAGAAUGUGCUGGAGAGAGGAUGAUCCUGCCUACUAGGAUAAGGGAAUAUGUGGGCUCUCUAUCAACACAGACUAGCCUUGGCAGCAAACAGGCAAAACAAGAGAGUAGACUUUCCACCUCUCCUGGGAACACUGAAAUCAACAAAGAACAGAACAGAACAGGAUCAAAUGGUGAAUCAAGGACGUACGAAGAUGAAACUGAGGAAGAAAUUCUGUACUGGAAUACAAAGAUUCAGCCUCUUCUUGAUAAAAUUAAGUCUUUAAACAGUGGCAACGAUGUAGAACAUCUCUGCAAAGCAUGUUCGAGUCUCUAUCAUGCGUUGCAGGAGGGGAACAUGCUGGGGAAAAUGUGUAAAAGAAGAGCUGUUCUUCUAAAAACAUUGUAUAGACUGGUGGAUGUUGGCUCAGAUCAGCUCUCCAUUCAGCUAGCUAAAAUUAUACUGGCGCUGAAAGUAAGUGGCAGAAAUCUCCUUAACAUCUGUAAAUUGAUGUUCAAAAUUAGUAGGAGUGAGAAUAAUGAUGUUCUAUUCCAAAAUGAUAACAUUUUGGGUCCUCACAGCUGUCCAAGAGUGGAGACUGCCUACUCCAACUGCACCCACAACUCCACCUUGAGCACCACCUCCAACUCCAUCUUAAGCACCAUCUCUGCAGAUGAUGACUCUGUCCUCACAGGUGGCUACCGUGUCACGGCAUCCAGCUGGAUCCUGUAG